AUGGCGGAUGCCAAGAAGAUGAGGAGCGAAGCGAGUACCAGUGGUACCGCCGUCGGCGGCGGCGGUGACGAAGGGAGACCCGAAAGCGAGGUGGUGGACGUGGGCCGCCGGAAAAGCACUUGUGGAUACUGUAAAUCUGGUGGGCGGACCAGUAUUUCUCAUGGGCUGUGGGCUCAUAGUUUAAGAGUUGAUGACUAUCAAGCUCUCCUUGACAGAGGCUGGAGAAGAUCUGGCUGUUUCUUGUACAAGCCAGAUAUGGAAAAUUCAUGCUGCCCCUCAUAUACUAUUCGUCUGAAAGCUAGCGACUUUGUUCCUUCUAAAGAACAAAUUAGAGUUUCGAGAAGGAUGAAAAGGCAUUUUUCUAUAAACUCAUCAUAUUCUCAAAAGAUGCUACAUUUAACUUCAAGUCUGCUACAUAUGAAUUAUAGAAUAGGCAACAGUGGGCAUGAAAGUAAAACUGAUGAGAUUAUGCAUUUCUUGUCCCACAAGCUUGAUGCCACAGUACAACAAUAUUUAAAAAGUGGAAAAUUUUCAUCUGACAUACAGUUGCCAAAGGCUUCCAUCAAAAGAGCCUCUCCAGCUAAAAGAAAGUUAGGUGCAGAAAAGUCUGAGGAACUUUUAUUCUCCUGCAAUAUUUCUUUCCAGAUUGCAGCUGCUCUAAAACGGUUAAAAAGAGAUGCUGACCACAUGAAUGAAUCAUCGCAACAUGGUCUUGAAGGAACUGAGGACCUGAGUGACCUUUCUCCUAAAGCAAUUGCAGAAAUUUUGACGAAACAUUCCAAACAGCUGAUAGUAUCACGUGGUUUGUUAGUCAGAGCCUGCAACGGACACAUAAAUUUCUAUUCUGUUUUAAAACAAACAGCUGUAGUUGAAUCUGGAAUAGAGAUAAAAUCCAUUAUUUCUAGCACAAGAACUGGUGGUAAUGACGGAAGUUUAAAGAAGUGUUCUGAAAGACUUCAAAGCCCGUGUCGGAGGUUCGAGGUUCGUUUGAAAAGAUCCAGCUUUGAUGAUGAAGAAUAUUCUUUAUACAGAAAGUAUCAGCUUAAGGUGCAUAACGACGCACCCGAUCAUGUCAGCGAAAGCUCGUACAAGAGAUUCUUGGUCGACACUCCUUUAAUUUAUGUUCCGGCAAAUGGUGAUCAAACAACCCCUCCAUGUGGCUUUGGGUCUUUCCAUCAACAGUAUGUGGUGGAUGGUAAUCUAAUUGCGGUUGGUGUUAUUGAUAUACUUCCAAAGUGUCUGUCGAGCAAAUAUUUAUUCUGGGACCCUGACUUCGCCUUCUUGUCACUUGGAAAAUUUUCGGCUCUGGAGGAAAUUAGGUGGGUUAGUGAGAACCAACUACACUGUCCAAGUCUCGAGUUUUAUUAUCUGGGAUAUUACAUUCACUCGUGCAGCAAAAUGAGAUACAAAGCUGCAUAUCGGCCUUCUGAACUCCUGUGCCCUCUCCGGUUUCAGUGGGUACCAUAUAAUAUUGCAAAACCACUUCUAGACAGAAGGAAAUAUGUGGUUUUAUCUGAUUAUGCAACUGAACGAAAUGGAGAGUCUUUGCCCCUAGAUAUUGGUGUUGGUGAAAUGGAUGAGCAACAUAAUAAUUGUGCUGAAGAGAUCCCAAAUGAUGUAACUGUGAAUGACGAGGAGAUGGAACUCGAUUCUGAUUGUUCUGUGGAUGAACCAGAACCAGAAUCAGAAUCAGAAGCUAAUGUGUCUUUGGAAGAUGCCAAUGUUGAUAAUAUUUUGAUUGGAGUGAGAGGAGCUCGUCUGAGAUACAAGGGCCUACGUCAUGCAUUUGAUCCCAAUCAGAGGAGCAUCAUCGAAAACCAGUUACAAAGAUAUGUCCGUGUUGUGGGCGCUGAUCUCUCGGAGCAAAUGGUUUACUCUCUUGGAUGA